AUGAACACCUUCGUGACCGGCUACGUGGCACCCUAUGCCUACCAUGCCGCCGCCGUCCACGUCCCCGUGGCCACCACCGUGGUGCGUCAGCCGGUGGUGGAGCACCACAGCGAGGUGGCCUACGUGCCGCCCUAUGCCCAUGGUUACACCAUCAGCCACACCUACCACCAGGCCGAGGUGCACCACGCUCCAGUGGUGACUGGCUCUCACAGUUCCGUGCACCAGAGCCGAGGCGGACACUUCGUACACCGCCCAGUGGACACCGUAGUCUACUAG